AUGCAAGGAUCGCCUUUUGCGCAGGAGCCUGGGGAAACCCGCCCGCCCGCUUCCUCCCGCAGCCGCUGGCAGCUGUCGCAGAAGAGCAGCGCCUUGACGGUGCUCCAGAGCGCGCUCGCCUCCGCCUGGAGCCUGUGCGAUUGCUACGAGCAGGAGCUGGACAUCAUCCACAUUAAGUACCGCUGGGCCAUGGCUUUCCUUGGCAAGGCCUACACCGAGAAGAUCGACCAGAUCCAGGCGCAGGACGCUGCGAGGCUGAACAACAAGGGCAACAACCGAUACGGCAAGGGCAAGGUCAGCUCUAAGGCCAUAGACGCCCUGCUGCUGUCUGUCACCGCCGCUUCAGGGCCUGAGCAGCAACAGCGGUUCAAGAGGCGGCUGCACCAGGCGCUCCGCUGGUACAAAGCAGCCAAGCAGCUGGGCUGGGGCAUGCUCUGCCUGAUGCCGCACGACAUCAUCUCCAACUUGUGGGUGGAGAACGAUCUCUGCGUCCCCUUCUGGCACAUCUGGCUUGAGCUGGUUGUAAAGGUGAAUCUGGAGGCCCACAAAGCAAGCAUGGCCUUAGACGCCUGGCUGGGCUUAGAGGGCAUCUCUGGCGGAUCUAUCAGCAAGAAGGCAACGCUGUCAAUUAAGGCAAACAUGCCUAUGUUGGCGACACAGGUGGAGGAGAUUGAAGACAGCGAGGUGGAGGACAGCGAAGGCGGCGGGGACGAAAAUGACGUUGAGCCUGCGCCCGCCUGGAAGACAGCGAAAAGCCCUGCACCUGUCCGUCUAAUGUGCCAACUUACUUUGCUUAAGCUGUGUAAGCCUUUUUAA